AUGUCCACUCUUCUAUCAUCACAUCUCGAACAAAUCUCUCUCUGCGCAACGUCCAUUGCGGAACUUCCCUUUCCGGGCCCCAAGAUUUUCACAAAUGCCUUGUUGGGAAGGCACGAAAUUACAUCCCUCAUCCGAGAUACGGAACUCCACGAGCGCGCUCUCUUCCAUCUGGCCGCCCCUGCAAUUCCAGGGAAGACGUCUGGAACAGAAUAUGCCCCUGGUGCCGGCAACUCUGCGCCAGUUUCAACCGCUGCUCGUCGACAAACAAUGUAUGGCGCCGGCGGCCGGCAACCUAAGAACAAAGCGGUCGCUGCGGUGUUGGGAGGCGACCUCUACCGCCGGACGCGUCGGGACGAGGUGACCACAGGUGCGGCUCGACAGAAGGGAGAGGUCGAUGUGGAAGUUCUCCUCGAAGGAGCGGAACGUCUGGCGGCGGUAUAUCCCAUCCCCGGCGCAACGGAGAAGAUCGCGCAUUUGCGGAGAAGACACCAGCAAUUGCUUUCGAAUGUCGCGCACUACGAGGGUCGGGUUGACGAACAGACUCGCGAACUAGAAAGAAUCAACGGUCCUUCUUCGAGAUUCGAGAAUGAUGAAGACGACGAUGAUGAUGAGAAAAUGUGUGAUGAUGAUGAUUAUGAUGGUCAGGAAACGACGGUUAAUGCUAUCGUUGUGACGAAAGAAGAUCUCGACCGCGAGGAAGCGGAGAUUCGUGAGCUUGAAGCGAAGAAGAAGGCACUCGAGGAGAGGGUCUCAGGUAUGGAGCGCGAUCUUGGCGGAUUGAUGCGAUGA